AUGCAACAGCCGUGGAAGCUGCGCGUUCUCGCGCUAUGCUUGGCAACAGGCCUAUCCGGCGUGUCUGCUCAAGGCUUCACCACAUCCACAUAUGACACGAUGACUGGUACCGAGACUUCCACUGAUGCCGGUCUUCCCGUUGUCGAUCCUACUCCCUCAACCGAGUUGGCUCUCCCAGAAACAUCCUCAGGGCCCUUUGUAGAAGCUCCUCCAUCGGAAGCUACUUCAGAAGCUCAUGUGGAGAUUGGGACCAGCUCUGUAGGCGAUGAUGAGACCAGUAUUCCCGUUGCUCCUCCUACGGAGCAAACUACUUCACCUUUUGGGUCUGCAACAGAGAGUGUCCACCAGCAACCAUCUACUGGGACCCAGACCGAUGCUAUUGUCCCUCCCAUGGAGACACAAUCCCAGCAGCCUGACACUGCUACUGGCAUUAGCAGCCCAAUUGAUACCGUCACAGGUCCUGUGGAGGUAGCUGAUACCACUACUGGUCCUAUCGAAGCUCCCACCCAACCUGCACAGACUGGUCCUGUACUAGAUACAACGACAGACCAGGUAUUGCCAGUGACUGAAGGUACCACAAACAUCCAGCCACCCGUGAUCUCUACGGAGUCGACGGAAGCUACUGAACCUACGACCCAGGUCAAUGCUGAGCCUGUGGUUUCCUCUGGGUCGACAGACGCCGCGCAAGCGACUGUCUCUGUCCCCGCCCCAGAGAACACUAUCGAGACUACAGCUCAAGCCGCCGAGCCUACCAGUGAGGUUAAGCCCCAAGAGCCUUCCACAGAGGCGAACGAUAUUCCUAUCAAGUCUACCACCCAGCAACAGGCUCCUGAACACACCAGUCAGGAGGAAUCUCCCGAGCAGACUUCCCAGUCAAAGGAUACUGCGGAAACCACUCAGGGCGCACCCGACCCUAAGCCAACAGAGGACAAGAACGAGGUUCCUUCUACCAAGAACGAGCCUGGUCAAACUUCUGCUCCUGAUGAGCCUGAAAAGACCACAGCCAACCCUGAUCCUACACCCACUGAGGAUGGUAUUGUCACAGGUACUGACGGCGCUGUUGUGACCUAUGUUCCUGAGCAAGACAAGGACUUCUCUGACUUCACUGGCACUACUACCACUACUGAUGAUGGCGGUGCUGCGAUUGUAAUUUUCCCUGGCGGUUGGUUCUGGAAGCCUUCUGGAAACCUCCCCAUUGGCAACCUUCCUGGUCCUCCUGGCUCUAUCCCCGGCCCCGUCGGUGGCGGCGGUGGUGGCGGUAAUGGCGAAGGGGAUGGAGAUGACAAGGAUGAGGAUGAUAAGAAGUCGACAAAGGAGGAAGAGGAGAAGUCAACUGCUGAGCCCUCCAAGACAACCGCCCAGACAACCGCCAAGUCCACUGAAGCAACUACCACUUCUACUGAGGGAUGCUCUGCCGUUGAGAUUGAGGACUGUACACGAACUAUCUCUUACUAUACCACUGAUGGCACUCUUACCCACACUGAGUUCGGGGACUGUCCUACUAUCGCUAGCUGUGCCACUGGAACCCAGGCCACUGCUACAACGACUGCAUCCGCAGAGUAUGAAGAAGGUGUGGAAGUGCAAAUCGAUGAGGCUGAUGUUGACAUCCCCGAUGACUUUGAUGGUGAUGUUUCUGAUGACACCGCUCAGAGAUUCCAGGAGGUAAUGGACGAGUAUUGGGCUGACUAUGGUGUGUCUACUGGUACCGAGACGACCGCCGAGGCCACCUCUACCAGCGAGUCAGCUGAAACUACCAGUGAGGUCAAGACUGAGGAGACAACUACCACCGAAGCUACUACCGACAUGACCACAUCCGUACCUAGCACUCUUAUCACGAUGACUCGCAACACCGAAUCUUCGCAAGAGUCUUCUGGCACUACUUCCGACGGUACUUCCUCAGACAUGAUCACCUCCAUUGCCUCAAGCACUGAGGUGCCCACCACCACCACAUCUUCGCACCGUACUUACUACCCUUGUGUUCCCCAUGGAGGCCCCAGGAUCGCUACACCUUACUGCCAGUGCGAGACCACCAGCGAUGGUAAACAGAUGGUUGCUACCGCUCCUCUGGUCUCAAACGCAUGCGACGCCUACACUGAGUUCCCUGCCAGUCUAUACACCACUCCCCCUCCCGCCCCGACACCCACCGUCUUCAACGAGCCCUACACUAUGACCAAUGCGGGUACAGUCCUGGUCUGGGAGUCGUACUCUCUCCGCGAGUGGAAGAUCAUGGGCCAUCCUGUUACCAACACCAUUGGUCUUGGAGAGGCUUCCACCGUCUCUACACCAGUUCCUACCGCGACAGAUACCAACGGUGACGGUUCCGACAUCUGCACAAGCAUCGAUAAGAACGUCCGAAACGCUUUGUCUGGUGCUUGUAACAGCGCUUUGGACCAGUUCGAGGAUGACACUAUCUACGACAAGUACACUGGCCGUUAUGCUCAGAUGGGCAGUAUUCUGAAGGCUUUAACUUUCGGCAAAGCCAGCUGCAUCGUCCAGUUCUCAUGUGACGACUACGGCAUUGGAAUGAAGGGUAGUGACAUCAAGAAAAUCCGUGAGGAUAACCGAGACAGCGUUGGUCGAUGUGGUAACAUUUAUCUGUCGAACUCGUGCAAGAUUCAUCUGGAUUACUGCACUGAGUGUAACAAGGAUAAUUAA